AUUAUAAAAAAACGACAUCGUUUUGGAAGUUAUUCGAACAAGACACAAAGCUCUUUAGUCUUUAGCUUCUGGUCUACAUGGUAACAAGACACUGCGCGAAUUUUCUCGACGUAUCAACUGAAACCUCUAUCCCACGCGUCAUGACCGUUCCAGGAAUCAUCUCCGGCUCCUCCGAAGUAACUUCUUCUCCACGCGAGAGGAAGAUCAUCGUAGCCAACACGUUACCUCUCCAAUCCAAAAGAGAUUCAGAAACCGGCAAAUGGAGUUUCUCAUGGGACGAAGACUCUCUCCAGCUCCAGCUCAAAGACGGCUUCCCUCCAGAAACAGAGUUCCUCUACGUCGGCUCCCUCAACGCACACGUCGAGCCAAACGAGCAAGAAGCAGUCUCGCAAACCCUCCUCACCGGUUUCAACUCCGUCGCCACCUUCUUACCCAAAGAUCUUCAAGAAAUGUACUACCGCGGCUUCUGCAAACACCAGCUGUGGCCUCUCUUCCACUACAUGCUCCCCAUGUUCCCCGACCACGGAGACCGUUUCGACAGGAAACUCUGGCAGGCUUACGUCUCAGCCAACAAGAUCUUCUCCGACAGGGUGAUGGAAGUCAUCAACCCCGAGGACGACUACGUCUGGAUCCAAGAUUACCAUCUCAUGGUUCUCCCCACCUUCUUGAGGAAACGUUUCAACAGAAUCAAACUUGGUUUCUUUCUUCACAGCCCUUUCCCUUCCUCAGAGAUUUACCGGACUUUACCCGUCCGGGACGAGAUCCUCAGAGGUCUGCUGAACUGUGAUCUCAUCGGCUUCCACACGUUUGACUACGCCAGGCACUUCUUGUCUUGCUGCAGUAGAAUGCUCGGUCUUGAUUACCAGUCUAAGCGCGGGCACAUAGGUUUAGAUUACUUUGGUAGGACUGUGUUCAUCAAGAUCCUCCCCGUCGGUGUCCACAUGGGUAGACUUGAGUCUGUUCUCAACCUCCCUUCAGCCGCGGCGAAGAUUAAAGAGAUCCAAGAAGAGUUCAAAGGGAAGAAGCUGGUUCUCGGCAUCGACGACAUGGACAUCUUCAAAGGCAUUAGCUUAAAGCUUUUGGCGAUGGAGAGUCUCUUCGAGACGUAUUGGCACUUGAGAGGGAAAGUGGUUCUUGUUCAGAUAGUCAACCCCGCGAGAACCUCUGGUAAAGACGUGGAAGAAGCCAAGAGAGAGACCUACGUGACUGCUAAAAGGAUCAACGAGCGCUACGGUAGUGUUGAUUACAAGCCUAUAGUGUUGAUAGACCGUCUUGUUCCUCGUUACGAGAAGAGCGCUUACUACGCUGCUGCGGAUUGCUGCUUGGUGAAUGCGGUGAGAGAUGGUAUGAACUUGGUUCCUUAUAAGUAUAUAGUCUGCAGGCAAGGAGGGAGUCUUGUUAAUGAUUCGUCCCCUCGGACAAGUACACUUGUUGUCUCUGAGUUUAUUGGAUGCUCGCCUUCUCUGAGCGGUGCUAUUAGAGUGAAUCCAUGGGAUGUGGAUGAUGUAGCUCAAGCGGUGAACUCGGCUCUUAAAAUGAGUGAAGCUGAGAAGCAGCUAAGGCAUGAGAAGCAUUACCAUUAUAUUAGCACUCAUGAUGUUGGUUAUUGGGCGAAGAGCUUUAUGCAGGAUCUUGAGAGAGCUUGCAAGGAUCAUUACAGUAAACGUUGCUGGGGGAUUGGGUUUGGAUUAGGGUUUAGGGUUUUGUCGCUGUCUCCUAGCUUUAGGAAGCUGUCUGUGGAACACAUUGUUCCGGUUUAUAGGAAAGCGCAGAGGAGAGCUAUAUUUCUUGAUUAUGAUGGGACUCUUGUCCCUGAAAGCUCCAUUACUCAAGAUCCAAGUGCUGAGGUUUUGUCUGUUCUGAAGGCUCUUUGUGAAGAUAAUAAGAACACAGUGUUUAUUGUUAGUGGGAGAGGACCAGAGUCUCUGAGCGAGUGGUUGUCUCCUUGUGAGAAUCUUGGUAUAGCUGCGGAACAUGGAUACUUCAUAAGGUGGAAUAGCAAGAAAGAGUGGGAGACUUGUUACGCGUCUACGGGUACAGAGUGGAAGGCUAUGGUGGAGCCUGUUAUGAGAUCAUACAUGGAGGCAACAGAUGGGUCAAGUAUAGAGUUUAAAGAGAGUGCUUUGGUAUGGCAUCAUCAAGAUGCUGAUCCAGACUUUGGAUCUUGCCAAGCUAAGGAGCUUCUUGAUCACCUAGAGAGUGUGCUUGCGAAUGAGCCUGUUGUUGUCAAGAGAGGUCAACACAUUGUUGAAGUAAAACCACAGGGUGUGAGCAAAGGUCUAGCUGCGGAGAAGGUAAUCCGGGAAAUGGUUGAACGUGGGGAGCCACCAGAGAUGGUGAUAUGCAUAGGAGAUGAUAGGUCUGACGAGGAUAUGUUUGAGGGUAUGUUGAGUACGGUGACAAAUCCAGAGCUUCUGAUUCAACCAGAGGUUUUUGCAUGCACUGUUGGGAGAAAACCAAGCAAGGCUAAGUACUUCUUGGAUGAUGUAGCUGACGUGCUUAAGCUACUAAAAGGUUUGGGGGAUUCAUCGUCGAGCUUGAAGACCACAUCUCACACAGAAGUUGCAUUUGAAAGCAUCAUUUAAAUGUGGUAAGUGCCAAGAAUAACCAGAGUUAAAUUUACUUAACAUCAAAAUGUAAAAAAAAAAGAAGAGGAGGAAUGGUAUUUAAUUUGGUUCUGAAGGAUUAUGUUUCUUGUUUUUGGGAUGGAUUAGGAUUUGCAGUUUAUAUUUCUUUCCUUUUCUGUAUAGAAUUAGAAACUACUUUCCUUUUUUGUUUCUUGAAUUUAAUUCACUUGUGGCCUCACUGACUUGAAGAUGUAGUCAGAGGGGUCCGAUCAUUUGACUAGUACAA